GGGUCCUGACGACUUUCCAGAUCUCCCUCCUGAGCAGCGAUGGGGGUGGGUCGGAUCCUGGGGGCCGGGAGCCACUGUGCUGGGGCUCUGCUAGUGACACUGACGGUGCUGAGAACCCACCUGACUCAUUGCACGGAGCCCCCAGCGGAGAACAUGCUCUCCCAGGUGGCCUUCUACCAGCGCACAGACCCGACCCAGCGGGAGGUCGGGGAGUUCAUGUUUGAGUUCGACCAGGACGAGAUCUUCCACGUGGACCUGGAGAGGAAGGAGACCGUCUGGCGCCUGCCUGACUUCGGCAAGUUCACCAGCUUCGAGGCACAGGGCGCCCUGGGCAACAUCGCCGUGCUGAAGAAGAACAUGGAGAUCAUGAUCCAGAGGUCCAACCGCACACGGGCCCGGAACGUGCCCCCUGAGGUGACCGUGUUCCCCGAAGACCCCGUGGAGCUGGGCGAGCCCAACAUCCUGAUCUGCUUCGUGGACAAGUUCUCCCCGCCGGUGCUACGCCUCACGUGGCUGAAAAACGGGCAGGAGGUGACCGAGGGCGUCUCCGAGACUGACUUCUACCCCCGCCAGGACAAUUCCUUCCGCAAGUUCUCCUACCUGCCCUUCCUCCCCAGUCAGGGCGACUUCUACGACUGCCGGGUGGAGCACUGGGGGCUGCCCGAGCCCUUCACGAAGCACUGGGAAGUCCAGGUGCCCACCCCUGUCCCCAAGACCUCAGAGACCCUGGUGUGCGCCCUGGGCCUGGCCGUGGGCAUCAUCGGCAUCAUCGUGGGCACCAUCCUCAUCAUCAAGGGCAUGAAGAUGAACGCCGCCCGCAACCCGCGGGGCCCCUUAUAAACGCGGGGAGGAGCUGGGGCCCCCGAAUCCCCCAGGUGCCUUCGUGGGACGCACUCGCACGCCCCCUCCCCAUGCUGUCCCCAGCGUCCCUGCUCUGUGCCUGUCAGUGCCAGCUGCUGAACACAGGCGGGAGCCCCCUUGCCCUGUAACCACGACGAGCCAACCCACUGGAGAUUUACUGGGGAGCCGGCCCAUUGGACUUCCCUCACUCACCCCCUGCUGGGCUUGGGAGGGGGACGCCUAUCCCGGGAGAGGGCUACUGCCCAAUGGGGCUGGGAAUGGGGGUCGGUCCUCGUCAGGGAGCAGCAGGGCCCACGGGGUUGAUCCAAACCCCAUUGCUGUCAUGGAGAAGGUUUCUCUUGACUCCGGUGUGCGCUGGACUGGGCCCCGAGCCUGGCCCCUGUUGGUCAGAGGCUGCUGUCAGUCACCCCAGGUAAAGCCCCUCUAGCCAUUACCCAGCAGGCUUUGGGACAGAUUCGGCCAUUCCAGGUCAAUGGGGUCCCUGUGGGGUGGGAUCGGGCCCAUGGCUGGCAGUGGGGCAGCUCCAGCGCCUGGCUAAAGGCCCCAUUGCACCCAUGUGCAGCUCCCCCGGGGUCCAGCCCUGCUGAGCCCAGCGCCCAGCGCGGGGUCUGUGUGGGACGGUCCCAGCCCCUGUAUAGCCCCCGCCAUGUGCCCCGUGUGUGUC